AAUGUCCUGCAGCUGGUAAACAAAGUGUGUACUGCCUGGUACUAUUUUGUUGCAUGCGGCCUGGCCUGCGGCCCAUCAUUGCAAAAGAUGACAAGUACAAGUUUGCCAACACCACAUGCAUCUCCAUUAAUUAAGGCUCUUGGGAAUUGAGUCACACUUUAAGUUGCUUCAGCAACGUUGGAAAAGGAACGUCAGCCAUGACUGGCAAACUACAGGCAUUUGAGGUCAUCUUUGAUGGCGACGAUGUGGAUGUAUUCAAGUCGGGAGACGUCAUCAGAGGCUACGUAAAACUUGUUCUCCGGGAUGCAAAGAGUGACGUCAGAGGGAUAAAGAUCUCAUUUAAAGGCAAAGCCCAUACUCACUGGUCAGAGGGAAGUGGUGAUAAUAGAAGGAGCUACUCUGGAUAUGAAACCUACUUCAAAGAAAAACUAGUCUGCUGGGGAAAAAGUAAACAGGAUGUACAUGCGACAAAAUUGACUCUGGAGUCCGGGGAGCACCGUUUCCCGUUCUCCUUCCAGAUCCCAAACAAGCCCCUGCCGUUCCCAUUUGAGUCUUACCAUGGGUGGAUACGGUACAAGGUGAGCUGUAAGAUCGACCGACCCUGGAAGUUUGACCACCGUACGGAGAGGCUGUUUACAGUUAUUGGGAUCCCUAUUGAUCUGAACACAAUGCCAAGCGCAAGGUACCCUGUCAGAGAUCAGUCCUCCCAGACGGUGUGCUGCCUGUGUUGUGCCAGCGGGCCCGUCCUAACUAAAGCCUCGACCGACAAGAGUGCCUAUGUGCCUGGGGAGAGUAUCUUUGUGUCGGGAACGGUGGAAAAUAACAGCAGUCGUGAUAUUAUAGAUCUCACGGCCAAGCUAGUACAGAUGGUUGUUUACUUCUCCACUUCGGGGCACACUGAGAGGCGAUCUGAAACCAUGGUCAAGGUGAAGGCACCGGGAUGCGGUGGAGGUCAGGUGGCUCUGAUGGACUGGAGCCCUCUCCUGGUUCCUCCUAUCCCUCCCACUGGCCCUCAGGGGUGCAGCAUCAUCAGGAUUGAGUAUUACGUGCUGUUCGAAGGUGACAUCACCAACACCCCAUUUGAUGCUGAGGUGAGGUUGCCAGUCACAAUCGGGACCAUACCCUUGCACCAACCUUUGUACCAGCCCUCGUAUGCAGACCCCUCGGCCGUGGUUUUGAACCAACCAUCCAGCAAUGCUAGUGCUCCACCAUUGCCACCCCCGUGCUACGAAGUAGCCAUGGGCGGGCCCCAGGAGAUUCCCAGCAAGAGUGGCUAUGACUACACCUUUGGUAAACUCAUGUACGCCCCUCAGUACCCGACCUACAAUCUGCCGGCGAGUGCCCCAACCUGGGACCCCGCGUACCCACCUCAGCAGGGUGACACUGCGUACCCGCCCAGCGGGCCAGGUUACCCCCCUGUCAAUUAAGGGCGGGGGAAGAUCUAGAGAUUGGAGGGAAACUACUGGGAUAUGAGCCCACGACUUCUUUCUUACUAGUGCAUCGACGUCUUCACCACUCGACCAGCGAGCUUAACAGGGUCGGUAGGCUGGUUCGAAUCCGAUAUAGCAGAUGGCACUGCAACUAAACUAUUCAUACGAGGGAACUUUGCGUCGGGUGUUGUAAAUUCAAUAAUUCACGAGAAUCAUUCACUCUGUCCGGAAAAAGCUACAUUGUACGCGUUUGUCCUGGACGUGUUUCGGGGAAAUUUUCAUUAGCAAGUGCUUGACUCACCAAGACGCUGAUACCUUCAUUGCAGGAGGAUUGCGGGAUAGUUUUGUCAGAAUCCUGCAACUCAUACCCGAUACAAAUGUCUCAGCUUGUCUGGAACUCAUCCCGGAUAUGAAUUCAAUUUUUGGCCUAAUGAAAAUGUGUUUCUACCAAAAUGUAUCAACCGUGCCUUUGGAGUCGAAAAUUUCAAAGUUUGAAUGUCUCUGUUUUAAUGCACUUAUUGGCACUUGACCAUCAGCUAGUUUACUGCUGAUCGCUGAAUACCUUUUGCCCCUCAGGUAUUUCUGUAUUUCGUUUUGAACUUUGUAGUUUGAAUUUAUGUAUUUUUUAUCUACAUAUAUAAAUAAUGUGCAAUAAGGACGGGUGUGUUUCUGUGCUGCUGAAUAAUAACUGAAACGUCUGAAAUAAUCAGAAUAAUAUAUAAUAAUUAUUUUCCUACUUACUGCCUCUUUAAAAUUGGACUUUGUAGCAAAUAUGAUCAAAGAGUUUUGGUUUGAAAUAAAAAUGAUGUAUGUUGUAAUGUUGAAAGUAUAUAGCUUGCCAAAUUCUGCUUUGUGAUUUACAAAAAAUCUGUUUGAAAUAUCCUUAAAAAUUUGACCAAAAAUGCACUUUUUUGGCUAAUACUGUAUGUUGUACCGUGGACUUUUUUUUUUUUAGUACCUAGUAUAUUUAUUGGAUAGUUUUAGCUUGUAGAGUAUUUAAGGGAUUAUAUUUAUACACGUCACUGUAAAUAACUUUUAAUAGAUUCUGUAAGUGUGCCACAUUUGCCUGACAAAUUCUCAAUUUAUAAUCAAGAAAGUACAUUGACAAUUAUGAGUAAAUAAUGCGCUGAAGUUAAUU